UCGGGGUUUUCACCGGUUGUUAUGAUGUCCCUGUCCGCCGCUGGCUGGCUUCCUCAUCCGCCCGGCCGCUGCAGGGACGUGACUCUGAGCGCUGCUUCCGAGGAGCGAUCAUCGUGCAGCAUGUGGUAAACUUUGGACCUUAUACGUAGUUGUUGUUGUUUUAUUGCGGAAGAGUGAAGGAAGUUGCGCCGCCGCCGCCGCCGCCGCUGUUGCUGGAAACGAAACUUUGAAGGCGCAGAUCGACCUCACUAUGUUUGACCAUCAGCCACCGGUUUAAGAAGAAAGGAUGGACGACGAGAGAAGUGACGGAGGCGAGCCGGAGGUGGAGGAUGAGUUUGCGUGCGCCGGGAUGCUGCGGGGAUCUCUGACGUCCCUGCACAGCACGGUGGAGCGGAUAUUCACGGUGACGUUCAGCAUCGGGGCGGACGAUUUGCCUCAGGGCAACAACGGCCAGAUAUGGCUGAAACUGCGAGGGCCGAGCUCCAACGUGAAAGCCGCCAAGUUAUUUGUGAAAGGAGUUGUGAACCAGGAGGAGCAACAGGAGGUUACGUAUCCUGAUGUCCUUCACUGCGUCUUCUGUGGAGCCAAAGGCCUGUUCAUGGACAGCCUGAUAAGAAGCACCUCAGCGCAUAUAGUGGUUGGCGCUACAGGAUUCCUGCUUAUAUCAGGUCUGGCGGAGCCGGUGGUCCGAGCCUAUUCUCUUAUUACAGACCUGGUGGAGAGGUACAAGGGUACGCAGUCCAAGCGCCCUGGAGAUGGAGGCUCCGGUGAGUCCCUGGAUUCACGCCGGGCCUUCAAAGCUCUGGUGGAGAAAUGGGAAGACAGACACAUCUUGGAUCUACUUGUGCUGCCAGGAUCAGUGAAGGAAAUCCUGUUGGAUUUGGUGAAAGAAUCAGGGCUUGGAUCAAACCAUAGUCCAUCACUGACAGAUGUAAAUACAGGAGUAAGAUCACACGGGGAUUCAGAGGAUAGGUGGAAAAUACCCACUGCCAUAAAGCAAACAGUCCCUGAUCCUUCUAGCACUACUGAGCGAUGGGCUGAAGGGAUGGCUGCAGGUGCAGGAAAUGACUUUGCAAUCAAAGACUCCUUCCUCCAGGCUUUUUCCACGUCUGCAGGCACCAGAGGGAGGGCAGAGGGCGCCGAGGAAGGAGCCACACAUUUGCCACAGGAGGUAGGAGAGGAACAGCUGGGGCAAGUGGCAGCACUGGGGGAGGAAAAAGAACAGGAGAUGCAGCUGUCGAUGGGAAACAAGGAGUUUUGGCUUCUUUUGAAGUUCUUUACCGCCAUGGGGUACACAGAGGAAGUCGUGAACCGAGUCCUUGCCAGAACAGGACCUAAAGAGGCAUCACAGAUUCUGGAUUUGGUUCAACAGGAGCAGGAUCGCAGUGACAAAGAGCAGAAAGGUCAGAUUCUUCCAAACCAAAAGAGCCAAGAUGAUGUCAAUCUGAAUCAGUGGGAGAGGAACCGGCCGUGUGAGACAGAGCACCGAGAAGAUGGGUCAGAAACAACAGGAGGAGGUGCAGCCAUAAGUAACAAUGGAGAAAUGGAAGAAGCACGAGAGGGAGAAGAAGCGACUGGAGGUACAAGGCAUGUUCGGGAAAAAGGCAGCACCAACUUAAUGGAGACAGAAAAUGAGGAAGACUUUGUCCUGGGAGUGUUGAAAAAAGCGGCAGCCAGCUGUGGGUACACCGAGCAGAAUGUAACCAAACUCUACAACUUGCUGCCUGAGGGAUCCACUCACCAGCUGCUCCUGGAGCUGCAGAAAGAGGGAGUCAGAGAGGCCGAAGCCUUCAGGGAAGGACCGAGGGAGAUGGAUGAUGUGGUACUGGAGGCAGGCAGACCAAAAGUUGGACCAGCAGACAUUGAAAUGAGAAGAGAAAUUGAGUCUUUUAAACCUGCAGAAAAGAGAGAAUCAGAUGAGAAGGGUAAGGUAAUGAUGCCAAACCUUAUUGCACCUAAUGAGGAACUAGACCCUUGGAUUAAUAUACCCCAGCAGCAGCCUGUGACCCAGUACACCUCAAAACAAAAGCAACACAAACAGUCAAAGUCACAAACUCCUCAUAUCAUCCUACCUGAGGUCAAAGGGCCACCCAUGCCUACUUAUGCCUCAUCCAUGGAUCUCCAACUCACCAAUUUCCAAUCUAAUAAGCAACAAGCCCACAUCAAGCCUAAUUCAUCUCCUUCAAAACAAAAUCAUCACGCUCACAACAACCCUUCAAAGCACUCUUUUAAACAAACACUUCAAGGUCCUCAGCCUUCUGUCUCUGGCACAAAGGACUCGUCUCCCACCAGAGGGAGUGACAAACGAAGUUUCGUGUCUCCUCCUUCAGUGGUGGUGACAGGAGAGCAGCGAUUCCUGGAGAGCCUGCAGAUCCCCUUUGAACUCAAGCUGACAGACAAGCCUGGAGACCCGACACUGAGGGCGAUCAUUAUUGACGGGAGUAACGUGGCUAUGAGUCACGGGCUCGGCCAUUUCUUCUCAUGUAGAGGAAUCGCUCUGGCUGUCCAGCACUUUUGGGACAGAGGCCAUCGUCAGAUUAGCACCCUAAUCCCACAGUGGAGGCAAAAAAGUGACCCCAGGAUCAAAGAGAAGCACUAUCUGACAGAGCUGCAGAACCUGGGCCUGCUCUCCUACACCCCCUCCAGAGAGUUCCAAGGCAAGAGGAUCACCUCGUAUGAUGACAGACUAAUACUGAAGCAUGCACAGAAGACAGAUGGUGUGAUCGUGACCAACGACAACCUGAGAGACCUCUCGGAUGAGUCUCCUGUAUGGAGGGACAUCAUCAAAAAGAGACUUCUUCAGUAUACAUUUGUCGGGGAUCACUUCAUGGUCCCUGACGACCCUCUUGGAAGAGGAGGACCUCACCUGGAUGACUUCCUGCGUUCAGAGCACAGGAGUCCCAAUCCAGGAAACCACUCUUUUGCCGGUUCGGCCUCCUCUUUCCCUUCCUCCAAACAGCCGCGCUCCCAAACAGAGGUCUUCAACUUCCGUGACCGGACGCUAGGGGGCACACUGGAUGCUUUGGGCAGAGGCGGUCGGGGUAGAGGGAGAGGGCACGGAAAGGGAUUGGACACGGGACAGAAGGACAGGCAGUACGAGGCUGCAGGUCAUGGCCUUGGGGUCAGGGCCGAGAGGAGUCCCAAAGAAACAGCCAUCCUGAGAGAGCAGCUCUGUCAGAUUUUCCCUAAUCAGGACAACAUGGUGACGCUGGUGCUGCAGUGCCACUCAGCAGAGACGGACAUCAACGUGCUGUCUGACCUGAUCUUGGAGCAGCAAAAAGACUAGGAAUCUUUUAGUUUUAGUGGUGUAAUCUUUAAUUUUCUUGCUGAAUUUUGCUGAUUUAAUUAUUUUACUUGUGUGACAAUAGACUGUAUGUAAAAGAUGGAUUUAGGAACUGUGACAUCACACAUUGGUUUAUGGUUUUUACUUUAAUCUGACACCAUGACAGUGAAGUGGAUUUAGCUUUUUGAAGAGAAAAAUGACGAUAUACACUCAUAUAGUAAUGACUUUUCUUGAAAAGUCAUAUAGUAAUGACUUUUCAAGAAAAGGCUGGCCACACACUAAAUCAUGUACCGUUGCAUCAUCUAUUACUUUAAAUGCACACAAAAUUAACAUCAUGCUGUGUUUAAACUAAUAAUUAAUAUCAUAUCUUGACCAAAAAUUAUUUAGCUCUCAAAUCAAAUGAGGAGUGAUGGGAAAUAACCAGAGCUGCAGCUGAUCGUUAAAAAGAAUGCUUCAGUUUUUAAAUUCAAAGGCCACAUCCAUCUUUUAAAUGCCAUCUGUGUGUGUGUGUGUGUGUGUGUGUGUGUGUGUGUGUGUGUGUGUGUGGGAGGCUGGGUGGGUGGGUGGCACCAAAAUAACUACCGAUACUCAUCUGCUUAUACACUGUACACAUACUAUGCCAAACAUGAAACCUAUAAGAAAAAAUACCCUUAAUUAAAGCUAAAACUGGACCACCUCUGUCAAAUGGGCCAGCAUCAGCCCCCAAUGAUAGAAAUUUAUUAUUUCUUAUAAAUUUUCAGUUUUUUUUUGUUUUUUUUACAAGACUAUACAGAUGGCCCUACAUGUUUUUGACCACAUUAGUCCAACACUUUGGUCCAAUUUGACACAUCUCAUCUAUUACCAAAGGACAACACAAUUUUGUGUAGAUGGUCUUUGUUCUCACUGGUUUAAACCUGUCAGCAAACCUGUAAAAUUAUUCCUAUAGCACUAUCAGCGUUUAAGAGUGUAUUUUAGCUUAGUUUGAUUUAUGUCAAAGCACCAACAAAACCCAAGACAUUCCAGUCUGUAGCUUUAUUGUUAAACAUUAGCAUGCUAACACACCAAACUAAGAUGUGAACAUAUGAUUAACAUAUUAGUUAGUGUGCUAACUCACCAACUUACCAUGUUAACAUAUGUUGAAUAUAUUAGUUAGCAUGCUAACACAGCAAACUAACGUGACUAUAUGCUAAAUAUAUUAGUUAGAAUGCUAAUAUUAGCAUUUAGCUUAAAUACAUGUUGCCAUCUUCAGUGAUACCAGCUCAGCUGUAGAUUCUUAUUUUCUUGUAUUUUUAUAAGUCUAAUAAUAAAGUCAGUCCAUAAUGACACCUAUUAUCUAUCUUUUUGUGGGUCAUUUUGACUCUGGGAAAACUAGCGUGGAGCCCAUAUGGCUUUAAUGUAUUUUACUAUGGAGCCAUUUUAAUAGUGCAUUGGGUUUAGAGGAGGAUUUGCAGAAUGAGAAGAGUAAAAUUAAAAUACAUACUUUGAGCGUUAUUCUGUUGCUUUUCCUUUAAUUUUAAAGCUACCAGUUGAUUUAAAAAUACUGCCAUCUACCAGGUAUAAAUACAUUUAAAUCAGAGGGACAUGGGUGGUUCUGGUAGAAUAGAUAUGGAUAUAACUGGUGUAAGAGAGCUUGUCUGGCUAUAAAGGUAAUAAACCAAUCUUUGCAACAUUCUGCACACUUAACUAUAUAUUUUAACUUAUUUUAAUUAGGUGUGAUGUUUGUCAUAACUUUGGUUAUGGGUCUAUAAUCUUAUCUAUAAGGAUGAUGAAAUUAAGAGCAAGCCAAAAGAUUCAAAGUUCACUUUUCAUCCAGAUGUCAAUGUUAAUGUACUUCAGUGUGAAAUAAAUA